AUGAACGAAGAUCCUAAUGGACUUGCUCAGGGGCUGUGCCAAACAAUGAAAGAGGAACGGAAUAUAAGUACGGACGAUGACAUAGAAGUAUGUAAAUUCAUAGUUCAAAAUUUAUGGAAAAUAAAAACAAUGAGUGGGGCACCGUGUGGAAACGGAACUGCUAAUGAGCUAAUGAAGGAUUAUGUGCGCUGCACAGCACUGAACCUAUGGGCAUCUUUGUACAUAUUUUCACAUUGCGAUAAGCAGGAUGUUGUACAUAGGGCAUAUAAUGUAAUGGAAAGUCUGAAAGGGUUAGGUACAAAAGAUAAGUGUAAAGAAUGUACGUAUAAGGGGUUAGAACGUAUGGUAGUAUUAGGGGAUAGGAACAUGUUACAAUAUAUUCAUGAUUCUAUAAGGGGGAAUAGCUCAAUUAUGGGAAUAAUAAAUGGAGGAAAACAGAAAAAUUGUACAGCAGAAAAUAAGAAUGCUGUAUCAACAGUACAUGAGUCGAACAUUAAUAGUAUAAUUUCUAUGACAGUUCUGCCACCGAAGAGCAGGCUGGGGCAGAGCAGAAUAGCACAAACAGCAGCAUCCAACGGAGAGGAAGUAUGGAAAAAAUGGUUACGAAAAUGGUUCGACGAUAUGAGGAAACACAAGGGUCAGGCAGUUCAUGAUAAAAUAUGGGUCGACUUCAAGAAAACAUUCGAUAAAUUGAUCGAAGGUUUGAAGGGGAAUGGACCGGAUGAAAUUAGGCACCUCUGUGCUGACGUUCCUAUCUGGAAGGAUGGGGAUACCAGCAAUAAAAAAGAACUAUGUAGAGAUAUGAUACGAAUAAGAUAUUUUAUAAAUGGAAUUAAAGGAGGAAAAAAAGGAAAAGAACCGAAUAUUGAAAAAUUGACCGACAUACAGUCAUACCUAAGGUGUAUAGUAGGAAUGAUCACUAUGUUAGAAUUGUAUGAAUGGCAUUGUAAAUUUGGGGAAAUUGCAGAGUACAUAGUUGGCCCAGUGGAAGCAAUGUUAGAUGUGUAUGGACUGAAUGGAAAAUUUGAACAGUGUAAAAUAUUAGAUACAAAAAGUUUAGUAAUAGGUCAAAAGCUCGUGAGAGAUGAAAUUAAAAAGUGGAUAAAAGAUGUUAAGGGAGCAAUAGGAAGAGUAGUCAGUGUGAAGAGUGUGGGUGCAGGGUAUUGUAAGGAGGAAGAACGUGCACAAAAACUAAAAGAACAAGAAGAAAAGAAUAGGGAAAGUGUUAUAAAGUUAUUCGGAAGGGAGAAGAAAGAAGAGUUAGGGAUAUUGACUAAUACCAGUAGUGAUUUUCCCAUGGAACUUGUGGAUGAAAAAUUAAAGGAAAUGCGGGAACCAGGAACAAAUGAAACCGAAAGGACGAGGUUACAGAAAGAAAUAGAGGAAAUAAUAGGAAGUACAUCAGGUUGUUCUAAGGAAUUAGGGAAAAAAGUCCAAGAAGGGGAAGAAGGUACCAUGUGA